UGAUGCUGUGGAGAUUCAGCCCUCCAUGAACCCAGCAGUUGUGGGGAGCACAGUGACGCUGUCGCUGAGCCCUUCUGUGACUCUGACCAGUGGAAACUGGGCGGUGGAAGAAACCUUCAUCCUCACGUGGCUCGGGGAGCAGCAGGCAGUUUUCCCGGGUUACAGCGGCAGGGCCUUUGUGAACGUGACCAGCGGAGCCCUCACGCUGAGCGCCCUCACCGUCACCGACUCAGGGCUCUACCAGGUGCAGAGCGGCGACCCGCUGCUGAAGGCCAGUGUUUCUCUCACAGUUGUAGAACCCAUUUCCAAUGUGACCCUCAAAGUAAAUCAAAGUGAUCUGAUAGAGCAUCGAGCGUCAGGCCUCAUCAACUGCUCCGUCUCUACUGGAUCCUCUCUCUCUUUCCGCUGGAUGAACGGCAGCUCUGAGGUUACAGCCGCUGACAGAGUUCAGUUCACUGACGGAAACUCCUCUCUCAAUAUUGUCAGCGUGAGCCGCUAUGAUUCGGGACCAUUUAGAUGUGAAGUGUUUAAUCCCAUCAGUAAUGGGACCAGUGACUCAGUAAACUUCACUGUCAGCUACGGCCCGGAUCACAUGCGUCUCACAGUGAAUGGACUGAACAUCACUGCCUUCUCUGCUGGGUCCAAUCUGAGCAUGCUCUGUCUGGCAGAGUCCAACCCUCCUGCUCAGCUUCAGUGGGGCUUCAGGGGAAAUCUUGUGAAUGCUACAGGAACAAUGUUGGAGCUUUUCCACGUCAGAGCGGACCAAAGUGGUCCAUAUUCUUGCCUGGCCUUCAACAACCGCACAAACCUAUACAGCAAUGUAACAACACACAUCACAAUAUCCAGGUCUGAACGACUGCAAGCCAAUGUUUUUCUUCUUCCUCUGCUGUUGUUGGCUGGAUUCUUUCUGUCAUUUUCAGUAAGAUAA